GAGACGUCGCCGAUGACGCCGUAAAGCGCAUGCGCGCACUGGAACACCUUUGGAAGAAGAUUCCGGGUAGCCUUCGGGGAAUGUGAACGACAGAGACAUUAAGCGACACUGACAGGGAGUUUAUUCGUGUCAGGAUAAUGUAAUCUCAGACUGAGAUUUUCAGUGGACGUCGAAACUUCUCAAGCUAUCGUAGCUUGGAGCUGCUAACAAAGAGACCCGGAAGUUAGCGACCCACCGCUAAGCUAAGCAGAGAUCAAGUGUGAGUGUAAAUUGCUGUGGUUGUAUGAAAAUGUGUAAAGUACAAAUCCUUAGAGCGCUGGUGAAUCAACGACUAACUGCGGCUGUUGAAGAAAUAUUUGUCGCGUUUGAAAGAACCAUAGCAGAGUACGAGGAGGAACUUUCUCGAACAAAAGAGGAGAACGAGCGUCAACGUCAACUACUGGACGCUAUUUUCAAGAAGCCUCAAAUUGUGUUACACAGAGCAGAUGUUAGUGAAGAAGGUCUCCACCCUGAGCAGCAGGAGGGGACCUCCAGGGUGAAGGAGGAGGAGCCACAGAUCCCCCACAUUAAAGAGGAAGAGUGGGAGCUACAGCCCCCCUACAGUAAAGAGGAAGAGGAGGAGCCACAGCCCCCCCACAUUAAAGAGGAAGAGGGGGAGCCGCAGCUCCCCUACAUUAAAGAGGAAGAGGAGGAUCACAGCAUCAGUCAGGAGGGAGAGCAACUUGACGAACUGGAGGAGUUCCCAGUGAUUUGUGUACUUGUGAGGAGUGAAGAUGAAGAUGAAGGUGAAGAUGAAGAUGAAGAUGAAGGUGAAAGUGAGGAGAAGAGAGACGCGGAGGCUCCAAACAUCAGCUUAAGUCAACACAUGACAACGGAAGCUGAUGGAGACCACUGUGGAGGAUCACAAGCACACAACCUCUUAGCUCCACUAUCAGAUAGUGACGACACAACGUCACACUCUCCUGACACUGAUGAUGAAGACUCUAAAGCUGAUAUGACAUGUCACACUGACAACACACGCUGGAAAUGCUCUCAAUGUGACAAAACCUUUGUUGACAAGAGAAAUCUGAUCAGACACCGCAGACGUCACACUGGAGAGAAACCUUUAGCCUGCUCAGUUUGUGGUAAAAUAUUCUCUAAGCAAUCAGAUUUGAAAGUGCAUACAAGAGUACAUACUGGGGAGAAACCUUUUCCCUGCUCGCUUUGUGAUAAAAGGUUCUCUAUUAAAGGUAAUUUAAUCGCACACACAAGAGUACACACUGGGGAGAAACCUUUUGCCUGCUCACUUUGUGGUAAAAGAUUCUCUAUUAAAUGUCAUUUAAAAACACACACAAGAGUACACACUGGAGAGAAACCUUUUGCCUGCUCGCUUUGUGGUAAAAGAUUCUCUAUUGAAUCUCAUUUAAAAAGACACACACAAGUACACACUGGAGAGAAACCUUUUGCCUGCUUGCUUUGCGGUAAAAGAUUCUCUAUUAAGUAUUAUUUAAAAAGACACACAAGAGUACACACUGGGGAGAAACCUUUUGAGUGCUCGCUUUGUGGCAAAAGAUUCCCUACUAAAAGUGGUUUACAAAAACACACAAGGAUACACACUUAGGGCCCUAUGAUUUUCAUGUUAAUGGAAUCACAGAGGGAAUCGCGGAAUUGGCCAUUUAAAACUGAUUCUACUGUUAAACACGGAAUCUUGCGGGUAUGGAUAUAGUGAAAAUUAAAUUCUGUAAUCAUGAGGAGAAAGAACGUUGGGGAAAUAUUUCCCCAGCGGACCGUUUGUUCAUAGUGUUAUGUCAUGUCCAUGUAGAGCAAUGGCCAGUGUACGCUAACAUGGUUGGCUUAGUUUAGCGCAGCAUGCUAGUGUGGCUGUGUGUGUGACACUCAGGCUGUAUGAGUUGUGUUUUUGGUCAUGUAACCGAGCGUUUUAGCUGACUUUGUGUGGGAAUAAGCACGACAGCCCUGGCUGCAACAGGCACCCAGCUAGCUAUGUCACGUAGCAACAAUCAAAAUACAUUUUCAACACACACUGCACUUCCUUUGUGUCAUCUACAAACAUCAAUUUGAACACCUUUCAGACACUACAGGUGUCAGUGAUAUACACCAGGGUGUCCCAAACUUUUUUUCAGCGAGGGCCACAUACUGAAAAAUGAAAGGAUGCAAUGUUGUAAUAUUUUGUAAGGUCCAGUAUACUGUAUAUAUUUAAAGAAAAAGCUGCACCUCAGCUUUGUGAUGCAAGUGAAAAAGCCUAAUAGUAUCAACUUCUCUCUUUGCUUUUUUGGUUGUUUUUUUUUUACACAUUUUUGCUGUUUUUUUUUUUUUAACUUUUCUAAAUAUUUACACUUUCUUCUUAAACAAGCCUCGUACAUUAUAUUUUCAUACUAUCAUAGCACUUUUCCCCCAACCUAAUUUUCCAAUAAUUCCAACUUUAUUUUUGUCUCAUAAUAUCACUACUUUAAAAAAUAACAUGUUUUUUCUGUAGUAUUUCAACUGUAUGCUACUAAAUGACAUUAUUUUCUUCAUAAUAUUGCUAGAUUAUUCUUGUUUAAUUGCCCACAUUUUUCUUAAUAGUUUGACUUCUAAAUUUCAACUGUUUUUUUUUUUUUUCAUUUCUGCUCUUACUUUCCUAUCGCCCUUUGUAACACUACGAAUAGUAGUUAUAGAGUGUGGUGUUUUGUUUCUCUUUCAUUCACACAACAAACUGUCGUUCAAUAUUAAAAACUGUUAUGGAGCGUAUUUGUCAUGUUACAUUUCAAUGCCACUAGAUGGCACUAAUGUGUUAGUCGUCUGUGAAGAAUGUCUGCUGUGUUGAGGAGCUGUCACUGUCAGUUGUGCUGUCGCUUCGCUCGAGACAAGAUGUCGCCGCCCGAUGCUGUAGGGUUUGUGUCAAGUCUUCCAGGAAGAUACGUCGCCUAGGACGUUGUAAAGCGCAUGCGCACAGUGGCAAACUUUUGGAAGUAUAUUCUAGGUAAACCACACUAAGAGACAGUUUAGUUCAUGUCCGGAUAAAGUCCUCUCAGUGAACUUUGAAGCUUCUCGGUCUAGCUAUGCUUGCUACCUGCUAGCAAAGAGACGACCCGGAAGUUAUCAACUGAUCACGAAGCAGAGCUCACGUGUGAGUGUAAAGUGUUGUGAUUGUGUGAAAAUGUGUAAAGCACAAAUGCUGAGAGCGUUGGUGAAUCAGCGACUAAAUGCGGAUGAGAAGAAAUGUUACGAGAAUAAAGUCAUAAAAUGAAAUUUACAAGAAGAAAGGUGAAAUAGUUGGAAAAUGUAAAAAAAAAAAGGGGUGGGAAACAGCUGUCAUCUUACAAGAAUUAAAUCAAGAUAUUAAGAGAAAUGUUGUAAUCUCACAAGAAAAAAUGCACAAUAUUACGACAACAAACUCGCAAUAUAAUGGGGAAAAUGUCAUUGAUUGAUUGGUUCUUUAUUUCGAGCCAUACAAAAUAAGUAUAUAUUGUACAUUGCUGUAUACAUUGUACCCACACUGGGCAGACCAAACAAAAAAAUAUACAUACA